AUGCUGUUGGCGAAGCGCAUCACCUCUCCGGUGGGAGUCGUAGCGCCCUUGAUGAACGGAGGUACCGUAGGCGAUCUGAAGGAGAGCUACAGAAUCUUCAAAGAAAAAGCGCACGUCGUCACGCACCAACUCCUUAUACAGGCCAAAGAACGCGCCAGUGUACUAUGGCUUGUCUCGAAAGCCCACAACAACGGGGUCCCCACCGAACUUCGAGACCCUUAUUACAGAGACCACGAGGACCAGUACCGUCUGAAGCCCCAGAUAGUUCAAGGUCUGUCCAGUGGAGAGUUGUACUGCAUGGCCCUAGCUUCGAUAUACGCGGAUCCGAACUAUCACACACUAUCCCACGUCGGAAUCAUAUCGACGUUACAACGGAAAGGUGUCGAAGUCCUGCAACCGACUGAUGGCACGAGCCUGAACGAGACGAUGCUGACGCAGAACGCCCCUAUCCGCAUGGCAGCCCACAUGUCGGUGAUCGAAGCGAUCAUGGACCUGUACAUCAAGGAGGUCUUGAUUCCACUGAAAGUGUUCGAAGUUGUUCGUCGCUUCAGCGACGUCCAAUAUCCCGACGAGCUCCCGGUCAACGCUGAAGAAGCUGCCUUGUUAUGGAUAAACGCUAGCUCUGUAGCUCUGCGGGAUCGAAUUCAACAGGAGACUGGACAAGCCGUUCCGCAGGCUACUCUCAUGCAGGACAUGGUGGAGCUUUCGGAUGGUUGCGGUCUUUCAUCGCUGCUUUCGUUUUAUUGUCCAGAUGCGCUUCCUUGGACAGAGCUGUGUUUGAACGAUUCCAUGAACCUCACGGACUCGCUGUGCAACCUUCAACUGAUCCAGGGUUUCUGUGAACACAACCUGGACAACGAUAUCUGCUUUUUGACGCUCGAAGAUCUGUUGUUCAUGAAUGACACAAUCCGGUCGAAUAUGUUGGCGUUGAUAGCGGACCUGAUGUAUUUAUUCGAAAUUCGACCUGCCAAGUGUGUUGUGAAACCUGGAUGGGAUCUCGGCGAGGAUCUGCCUCAACCACAAGAAGAGGUUCAGUAUAACUACACGCUCCGAAAAGCUAGGAAGCUCCAAAACUCGUGCUCGCAUAUCCCGGACUUGCUCCUCCAGCCAGAGGGGAUGCUCCAGAGAGACAAGAAGGGCCGUCGGGUCGAUCCCAACAAGGAGAGUGAUCCUGAAGAGAUCGAGCAAUUUUCAGGCUACUUUAAUAAAAUGAACCUUUCCACCUCGGAGAGGAACUCUCAUUCAGCGAACGCUAGCCCCGCCCAGAGAUCGAAUAGAAGAGGUAGUCCCGAUAAAACUGGGCGAGAGUCGUCGCAGGAUGGGAGCUCGACGCUUGAAAAUUACUACACUCAGUUCAACUCUAUUGAAGACAAAUCGCACGAAGGAGACGGUGCUCAGCCUCUACGAAGGGUUCCAUCGCAAUCGCACAUCCAGAACUUUUCGGGAAGCCAGGCCGCUCUACAGAUGAUGGACCCAGACGCUCCUGAUCCUUUCCAAGGAGCCCGGGACAACAAGCAAACGAGUUUUUCACAGCUUUCGGCUCAGGACAGUUCGUCGCAGGUGAACCUCACGUAUAAAGCUGACAAGAAACCCAAGAAGCCGACGACGACAUGGAUCCAGCAAACGCCCACCGGUGACGAAAACGGGGAUGUUGAGGAAAUGUUUGCCGUCCGGCAACAAAUGGAAGAGAGACGGCAGCGGAUAGAACAGGAUCGGAGAGCCGCACAGGAAACGGCUAAAAAAGAGCGCACUCAAGCCAAUAAGCAAGUUUUCCAACAAGUUAUCGGUGGAGGAAAAUCAAACGGAACCAAUGGUAGAGAAGAAUCAACUUCGACCUCUGAAGAGUCGGAUCGGCGAAGUCCUUCGCCUCCUCCGGAAGAUCAACAGAAACGUCGGAGGAACAGCGCAGAACGGGUCGCGAAACAAGAGCAGGCAUUGAACUCAUUGAUUCAUUCGCGAUCGGCAUCCCAUGUGAACCAUCUUAGUCAAGCCGCACAGCCAAACACGUUCUUCCUGCAUGACUCGGGCUCCCCCGUUCACGGUUAUCCGAGUCCCGUCAUGAGGAGGCAGUGGGGACCCCCCGCAGCUCCGCCGACCGCGAUAUAUGGCUACGGAGGUUAUGCGGAACCGAUGAUCCCCUAUUGGGCACCCCCGCACCCGUCAUGGGGAGCGUCUCAACCUCCCCAGAGCCUGAACCAUGCCCUGAUGCAGCAGCAAGCGAUGAACCAGCAGGGAAUGGUGCAGCCCCAGGGCUCUGCCGGCCAUCCUCAGUUCAUGCAACACCCUUACAAUUUGCAUGAACCUCCUGUUCAGCAGCAGCCAAUACAACAAGUUAACAUUCAACAAUCUUCGCAUGCGAGAGAAAACAUGCAAACGCAACAGCAACAAGGUUACGUCGAACGGAACGGUUCUCCUUCGCCACCUCCGCCCCCAGCCCGACCUGAACGUCGGAAGAGAGACGCGAAGGAAGCAGGUCGGGGCGGAGGCGAGGAGAAGGAUCAACAAGAAAACACUCCUCCGGCGCCGCAGGGUCAGGACAAUAGUUGUGGCGAGAAGGACAAAGGCGCUUUCUUCAUUUCGUUCGGUGACGAAGGAGGGGAGACGAAAGGGACGAUGAUUAAACCGAAACCCAAGUUCAGGCCGCGCAUUCCACCCAGUCGAGAUGAGGCCGACGCGACUGUAGUGCAACUUCGAAACGUAGGAUCGGUAGUUUCUCAGGCUGCUCAAAUCAAUUCAGCGACCAUAACCAAGUCGGAGGGCAAGCGAUUGUCCACCAAGUUGGAGGUCAGUCUCGAUGGCAAGCCACAACCAGACGGAUUCACUAUCGGUGACCCCAGGAACAUGUCCGACUCGGAUAUGGCUCGCAAGAAAGAGAUGAUCAUGAUGCAGUCUCUGAAGCGGCGCCAGGAGCAGGAACAGCUACGAUUGAAGAAGGAGCACGAGCUUGCCGUGAAAAGAGCUCACGAGCAGGCUAAACGCGACGAGGCCGAUCGCAAGAGAGACGAGGAAAGACGUCGUAGAGAGCUCAUUCUCGAACAGUAUAGACUGAGGAAAGCUCAGGAGGAAGCCGAGAAAAACGGAGCGCCUCCUCUGUUGCACGCACAGCUGCAGGCCGGGUCUACUCCGAACGGAACGAUCCAGCGUCGUCCCAAGAGCAGAUCGGCUUCAGUUACGCGUCCGAGGCCGAAAAGUGUUCAUAUAGGAUCUCUACAUUCUCAGGCUGAUUCCUCUCUACCUUACGCAUCGGUGAAUUCGUCUGCGUCCUCCAACGAUCCUUCUAGGAGACUGUCCAUGGGCGGAUCUCAGCAGGGACUGGAUUCUGUAGGCCGAGGUGGAGUUUCUGGUCUGAAACGCGAACCUUCAUACCCCGACUUCAGUCGGUACCGAAGUGGGAUAGGCGGCCCACCCUCAGACGGGGCAUCCGACACCGCGUCGACGAGCUCCUCGUUGUUCCCGGGAGAAUACACUGGACCGAAACUGUUCGUGAAACCGAGCGCGAAGAGCAAUCGUUCAAUUAUUCUCAACGCGCUCAACGUUGUCCUCGCAGGAGCAGUGAAUGCGGACACGAAAAAACGGGCCACGAACGAAAUUAACGCCACAGAUGCGAAGCAUCUCCUGAUUCUCUUCCGAGGAGCCAAUCUCCAGUUCCGGGGUAUCUACGCGUACAACCCCGACCGUGAUGAGGUCAUCAAGAUCUUCGGGGCUGGACCCAAGAACGUCACAUCGAACAUGCUGGAUUUAUUCUACAAGUACAACUCGGGCUCGAAAGGUUUCACUCAGAUCCACACGAAGCAUCUAUCGGCAACCAUCGACGCGUUCACCAUCCAGAACGCUCUGUGGACCGUCCGCAAGAGUGUCACUAGCAAAUUUGCGGCUUCGCACGCCCGAUCCGGCGAUUUCAUGUAA